CACAGCCCUGCGACGUGAACGUCACCCAUAUCUUCACUUUGUUGCUUAGCAGGAUAAUGAUUACUGUGCCUAGCCAACCUUGUUGUUGUAGGUCGGCCAAGGAGGCCAAGCAAGCCUGCGUGGCUGACAUUCUGCUGAAGUGCAACCGAAGCGUAUGUCGAUCUUUGUGUCGUCAUAGCCAAGAAAGCCCCGUCAUCUUGAGACAGAAGGGACACGCUGCACAAUGAGAAUCCUAAAGUCGCGCAGUGACCCGACUGCUUGAGGUGCCGAGCUCGAAAGUUGGGCCUGGGUCACUCAUUGGGAUUCGGGGGUUCAAAUAACAGGGGUCUAGCCCCACAGACGGACCAAAUGCCGG